UCCUCAUGUCCCUCUUCCCCCCCUCCCCCGCUCCCGACUUCCUCCGCCCCUCCCUCUUCGACCUCCUCGCCCAAGACCAGCUCACAGACCUCUUCCACCCCGUCCUCCGCUAUAUCCUCUCUUACCUCGCCCAGCAGUAUCCACGUUAUUUCUUGAGGUUGGUGAACCAUCAUGAGGAGACAUAUGGCUUCCUCCUGUUGCUGAUCCAGAGAUAUCAUCUGAAGAAACACAACGCAUCCAUAUCCGAACAUUUCUACGGCCUCCGCCUCGCCCCCCACUCCUCCCCCUCCUCCUCCCACCUCCCACGAUUAUCAUCCAUCUCCCGGCCCCGCUCCCAGGGUCUGAGCAGGAGACAGAGAUGGUCGAUGCUGCUCUUCCUCGUGGGCCUGCCCUACGCGCGGGCGAGGGCGCAGGAUUACUAUGAACGCUUGGCAAACGUUGGCGAGGACGCUUCCAGAGAUGAGGGGGGAGGAGGCGAUUCACGUAGGCUCACCACCACACAACUCGCAUUCAAACGUAUAUACCCCUACGCCAACACCGCCCUCGACGCUUCAUCCCUCCUCAACGACAUGCUCUACCUCUUUGAAAGAACGGAGUACUACCGUCCGUGGCAUCGGUGGCUUAAUCUCAGAGUACUACGCGCUACGCCGGAAGAUCAAAUCCAAGACUCGUCCAUCUCCUCCUACCUCCCCCCUCUCCUCCCACCGCUUCUACUACUGCUAAAGCUAUCACAAUGGUGGUACUCGCCCUCCUCUCCUCGCGCAAGUUCGGUACUCGGCACAGAGAAAAAUACGACCGCCGAAACGCACGCUGCUAUCCUCCCUCCUCGGCCUCUACCCAUCUUGCCCUCCUCCUCCAUUGUUUCUAUCCCUUCUUCCUCUCAGUCGGCACCUCUGCCUUCCGACCAUAGCCCUCCCGAUAAUGAUGGAAGCGAGAAUGGAGAGAAAGAAGAGGUAGAGGGAAAACAAUUCAAAGUGGAAAAGGAAGACUACGGCAAAUGCCCGCUCUGUCGGAAAAAAUGGCAGAACCCCGCAGUCUUGCCGAGUGGAUGGGUAGUUUGUUGGAGGUGUGGAUGGGAAGCUGUAGAGGGUGACGACGACGACACCGACAACGACGAAGAAGAAGAAGAAGAAGGCGCUGGCGGGCAUGAAGUGGCUGAUGGUCCGAAGGAGGGGGAAGAGCAAGGAAAGAGUCGGAAAGCGCGGAGAGGGCGGUGUCCUAUCACAGGCGUGACGGUGGGUCCGGGGCAGUUGAGAAGGGUGUUGGUGUAGACACAGAGUAGCGAGAAGCAGAAGGAAAUGAGAAGGAUGUUCAGGGGCGAUGUGGGUUUUGCGGUG